CAGCAUCUGAUCGAAGUAAACACCACCACAGUAGUAUCGCCAUGGAGGACAAGCCCAGCUCCAUCACCAACCUGCCCCUCGACAUCCUCCUCCUCAUCUUCCCACACCUGGACCCGAAGAGCUUCCUCGCACUAUGCGCCACCUGCAAGGCGCUGCAGCAGCCCUCGAUCCGGCUCGAGCCAUCGUACUGGCGACAGGCCACCCGAAGCACGUUCCGCGUGCCCAACCAGCCCGUCGUCGAGCAUGACGGCGCCCGGUGGCAGCACAUGUACCGCCGCCUGCUCACACAGACCAGGGUCUUCACCUGGGGCAGCAACGGCCACACACGACUGGGCCACAGCUAUGCGUCAAACGCUCGCAGCCUCAUGACCCCCCGUGCCAUCCGGCCGGGCAUCCCAGUCAUCCCUCGCCGGCAGAACCGGGGCCCCGGCGGCGGGUUCCCCAUCGAGAUGGAGGAUACGCGGAGCUUGGGUGUCAUAGCGGAUAUGCAGUGCGGUGGCUGGUCAACGACCCUUCUCACCUCCAAGGGCACCCUCCACACUGCCGGUGUCAUGAACGGCCAGAGGGUCCUUCGCGCGCCCCAUCGGCUGCAGAGACUCACCUUCCCAGCCGAGGCACAGGGCGACGAGCAUGCCACCUCCAUCCGGCAGUUCUCCGCCGGCCGGUCCCAUGUACUGGCCCUCUCCGACAGCGGUAGGAUCUGGUCGUGGCCCGAUGCGAACGAGCCUGCCGUUUGCGUCAGGUUUGCCGACCUGCACGUAGAGGAGACUCCGUCCGCAGGUACAGACCGCCAGCCAUCAUCCGCCAACGGUCUGGUCAGGCAAGUUGUCGCUGGCUGGAGUCGGAGCUCAGCCUAUGUCCACGGCGUGGGCAUCGUGCUGUGGGACACCGUCGAGGGCAGAGACCUGGAGACAGGCGGCCCCUUGUCCUUAGAGCACGCCGAGGUCCCCAGGACUGGCUACAAACGCGUUAAAGACACAUCUGCUGAGUCAGAGUAUGAGAAGACGCUCGGGGCCGAGGUUGGAGCAGUGCUAAACUAUGUCGUACUCGAGCACUUCGUCUUGUUCAACACCGAUCUCGGCAAGGUCUUUUGCGGCAAGUUGGGCGAGAACAACAGCGUAGAGUCUAUCCUCGAGCUACAACAACUGCGCAGCGACGAGGCGUCACCAUUCGACGUGCAAGGCUCAUUCCGCAGCUUCGCUGUCUUCAGCAAGGGGCAAGUCAUCACCGCCGACCAGGACUAUCUCGAUGCAUGCUGGGCAGCCCAACACACGGAUCCCGAACAGGCUGACGUCCAGGGCCUCAAGAGAAUCCCCGCACUGCAGCACAAAGACAUCAUCCAAGUUGCCUUUGGCGACUACCACUACCUGGCCCUGCACGCGAGCGGGAAGAUCACAUCGUAUGGCACCGAGGUGAGCGCCUGCGGCGCACUGGGCCUAGGCGACGGGACGAGCAUGGGUGGCCACGCCCGUGGCGUGGUCUACGAAAAUUUCAGCCGCCAGGGACAGCUUCUGCCGCAUGCUUAUACCCACGGCCGCCAGGUAUGGUUCGACGACAGGAAGAGGGACUGGCUCGUCCACAUGGUGUGCGGCGGCACAGACCCUGCCGAGAGCGAGGAGCGCAGGACCCUGUUCAAGAACAACCGCAAUGUGCAAGGCGAGGUGAGUGAGUGGGUCGAGCAGGAGAGCAGGGCCUGGGACAAGAUGGAGGAGGAGGACGGGAUCGGUGCGUAUUUCGCACUGGGGGUCAGUGCUGCUGGGUGGCACUCCGGUGCCUUGGUCUUGGUCAACGAGGAGCUGGCGGGGAAGGAGUCUGCGUAUGCUUGGGACAAGAUGAGUUUUCCGAGGCUGAGGCUGGCCGACGGGACUGAGAUGCCUGGCCAGAAAGACUUUGACGAAUGGAGGGACGGUCGGCCCGACUGGCAGUUUGAUGUGUAGACUUAGUGUUCUGGCAAACGCGUCGCUUUCCUACAACAGCUGGCUUACCUAGGUGUUUUCUUUCUCGUUUCGGCUGCUAUGUUCAACUUCACACAGAAGUUUCAGUUUAUGGACCAGAAGCAGUUAGUGGCAGUAAUUGAAAACAUGUCUAUCA